AUGCUGCUGCUGAUGCACCGGGGAAGCGACUUUCAGGCUCAGAUGAUGGCAGACAGUGACAAGAACGGCUGCUCCGUGGCCCACUGGGCAGCUUACAAGGGAGAUCUGACUGCCUUGAAGCUUCUGCACUACUUCAAGGCCGAUCUCCAAGCGCUGGACAGCGCAAAGAUGCUGCCCUUGCAUCGCGCGGUGUGUGCUUCACAGGCUAGCGUCGUGGAGUUCCUGGUGGAGCAGAAGUCCGACAUCCAGGCGCGCAACCAAGAGGGCAAGUCGUGCCUGGAUCUUGCAGCGGAGAAGCACGACCUUCACAUGCAGGGCUUGCUCAAGUCGUUGAUGAAGAAGUCAAACGACCAGUUCGGAGGAGCCAAAGUCCAACCCGAAGACCUCGAAGCCGGGCAGGCCAAGGCAGAAAGCAGCGGCAAAGGCAAGCCUGGUUUCUUCAAAGGCCUCAUGCAGGACAAAGCAGCCCACAAGAUCUUUCCGGUCUUCUGGCUGGUCUGUGUGUCUCUGGCCGUGUUCCAGUACAUCAUGGACAUUCGGGUAGUCGGAUACGAGGUGGCUCCCAUCACAGCCUUCCUCUUCGAGCUAUUAGUGCCUUUGUCCCUGGGUUUCUUCACCUUCGUGGCCCUCGGGGACCCUGGGACGGUUCCUGCACGGCCCCAGGGGAAUUCAGCAGUGGAGGAGCUGAUGAAGGUCAUCGACAGCCCAGCGGGCGACAUUGAGCCGCCCGACAUCAAUCGACUUUGCACGACGACUUGGGUGAUGAAGGGGCUUCGCACGAAAUACUGCGUGCAAACCGGGGCCUGUGUGGAGGAGUUUGACCACUACUGCGUCUGGCUGAACAAUACCAUAGGUAAAGCGAACCACCGUCAGUUUGUGGGUCUGGCCAUCGUGGAGUUCUUCACGCAGGUGACACACGUCCGGCUCUGCAUGGUCACGGUGAUGAGCCUCAUUCCCUACCAGAGCUUCACGCAGUGGAUGUGGGGAGCAAUUACCAGCUAUCCUCUGCUGACCAUGAUUGCUGUCAUUCACUGCGUCACGGCGCCAUGGGUUCUCAUGUUAACGCUUCAUCAAUCUCGGCUGGUCUUGAUGAAUCUCACCACGAAUGAGAUGAUGAACAUGCACAGGUACGAGCAUUUUUGGACAAUUCGACAGAUUGGUCCUGGCCACUCUUCCAGGAUCUUUCGCAAUCCCUUCAACAAGGGCAGUGGUGUGGCAAAUUGCUUGGACUUCUGGUGGCACCGUACCCGAUGGCAGAUGGUGGCGCAGCCGCAACCGCUUGAGGGUGGGUGCCAAAAGCAAUGCUGCAACCACAGCCACUAG